AUGAUCUUAGAUAAAGAGAAUCUAUUUCCAGGAUAAAUCGAAAAAAAAAUCAACUAUAUAAAUUAAUUAUUUAGAGCUUUAUUAAUAAAUAGAAGACGAGUUAAUGAAGAUAGGUCAAAAUAUGAGUAAUUAAUUAGUGUAAUUCUUGAAGAAGAAGAAAAUCUAAUCUCGACUCACAGAUCUCAUAUUGACUAGAUGGUAGAAGUAGUGAAAUAAGUAAAAUAUAAUAUUCAUAAUUAGGAAAUGAUGUUAUUAUGUAAUAUAGAUCAGCCUGGAUCAGAUGUAGUUGAAUAUGUAAAAGGAUUUGAAUAAAUUUUCUCAACAAAGAUAGAAGAAAUAUAAGCGUAAUUAUAAUUUCAACAAAUUUAAAUUAUAUUUGCAAUUAUCAACAUUUAAAUCUCAUUUAUCUGA